AUGGGGGUUUUAAAGUUAGAGGACUUGAUAGAUCAGAUACCUUCUCUCUGCGAAGAGGUUAAAGUAGAAAAAACAGGUCUCGUCAUUGAUGGCGCAGCUCUGUACUAUUCUUUGUAUUAUUUCUCUGAUCUGAAGCUGGACCAGCGCUGUGGAGGAGAUUAUCCUGGAUUCAAAGAUGAGGUCUGUAAGUUCUUUAAGACUCUGCAGGACUGUGAAGUCACUCCGUACGUUAUCCUGGAUGGAGGCUUAGGAUCCGGGAAGCGUGAACAUCUUGUGUCUCAUCUAAAAAAAAAACUGGAAAAAGCAAAGUCAGUAGCAGAGACUGAGCUUGGCUGCACUGUACGAAAAAGAUACAGGCCUAACGUCUUACCACCUCUGGUCAGAGAUGUCUUCAUUGAAAUCUUGAAGGAAAAAGACAUAGAGUUUAAACAGUCUUUAGGAGAGGCAGACCCUGAGAUUUUUUUUGCUGCAAAUCAGAAACAAUGUGCUGUGCUGUCCAUUGACACAGAUUUCUGCAUCUAUGAUGUGUACAAAGGUUUCCUUCAUCUCAAACACUUUGAGUGGAAAAGAAAGAAGGAUGGAAAAAUUCCUGCUAAGCUCUACACACGUUCAAAGUUUUGUGAACAUUUUAACUUGGACCCUGCUCUCAUGCCAGUCUUUGCUUCAAUAGCAGGAAAUGAUUAUUCAAGACUAGGUAAGGAAAUAUUUGCAAAUGACUCACCUUCACCCGGUCAAUACGACAUCAAACGACUGCACGGUAUACUUACAUUUUUAAGCGAAGUGAAGCUGGACAGCUGUAAUGAUUCACAGAAGAGAGAACACGCUCUGCAAAAUGCUGUAAAUCACGUUCGUGAGAUCGAGGACAGAUCUUUCAAACUCUCCAUUCAAAAAUAUGUUGAUCCCAAAAACAAUGAUUCUGACCUGCCUUUAUGGGUUCUUCAAAAAAUUGAGCGUGGAGAACUCACCACUUUCGUCAUAAGUGUUGUGGAUCAGAAGACAAUGAUGCUGCCUGCUCUUGUGGAGGACUUUUCACAGCGCAGUAGUUACACAGCUGCUUACCGUAUCAGACAGUACUUCUAUGGACUGUUAAUUGGAGAUAAGAUGUGCACUGAAUAUGACAGGGAUCAUAAAAUAGAUGUGCAACCUCUCCUGCCAAAAGUGAGCAGUGAUGAACAGGAGCAGCUGCAACUACACCGUCUGCAUGAGGCUCCUGAGGGUUUGCGUCGCAGGGUGUUUGAAGAAGCUCUGCAGGUUCAGACUUCAGCCUUAGAAAACAUCCCCGACCAGCUGAAGCUGCCAGUCUGUGUGACUGUUUUCUGGUUCAAGAGCCUACAACACCACCCAAAACCUGAAACUGUCCACUGCCUCCACGCUCUCCUGCUGGGGUUUGUGUGUGACCGUAAUGGUCCACAGGACAAGUUUGAGAGGAAGAUGAAAGCUUUAAAGGAUGCAGCUAUCAGGAGGAAAUGGCAGCCCCGUGUGGCUCAUGCUUUCAGCCAAUGGCAGUGCUGCAUGAGGCAGAGCCUCCACCUGAACCAGCUGCUGUGUUCCCCUCUACCAGAACCUCAGUGUGCCCGGCUUUACUGUGGACCUCUCCUUCAUCGGCUGGCAGAUGAAGACACGAUUGAAGAAGUACAGAAAACACUGAGAGGAGAAAAGAAGAAAUUAUUUGAUUAUUUAAAAACCAUUCUAAAUCCACCAACUAGUGGGAAGGGGUCUUCAAGUGAGGAGCAAUGCCAACAAGUGCAGAACACUGAGGAAGAGGAGAACUCAGAUAAAGAUUUUAUAACCAUUCAAGACAAUUUACACGUUGUGGAAAAAACUCUGCUUAUUGGCGACUCUGUACUCAGAGAUGUGCAGCUAGAGACUCCAGGAACUGUGAUCAAUUGCAUUCCAGGAGCAAGAGCAGGUGACAUUGAAGCUUAUCUGAAACUGCUGUUUCAGAAUAAACGUAGAUUUGGGAAGAUUGUAAUUCACGUCGGCAGUAAUGACAGCAGGUUCAGUCAAUCAGAGGUCACCAAAAUUAGCAUUGCAUCAGUUUGUAACUUUGCCAAAACAAUGUCAGACACUGUCGUUUUCUCUGGUCCCCUCCCCUAUGAGACCAAUGAUGUCAUCUAUAGCCGCAUGCUGUCGUUGAACCGCUGGCUGUCUGAAUGGUGUUCAAAAAACAGUGUGAAAUUCUUUGAUAACUGGCAAACCUUCUGGGAAAACCCUGGUCUUAUUGAGGAAGAUGGCAUCCAUCCCACUUUGGAUGGUGCAGCUCUCCUUUCUAGACGUCUAAAUGAAUUUAUCCAGAAUUCAGACCAGAAAGCAGAGUUAGGGUUUGUCGUCAUAGAGGCUGUGACUCCAUAA